CGGAGGCACUGCCGCCGCCACACACGCACACACUCACCCGCGCACAAUUAACCCCCGGGAACGGCAGGAAGGGAGGCGGCGAGAGGGGGAGGAGGGGAGCCCGCCGCGGAGCCCAAUCGCUCGGCUCCCCCGCCCCGGCCCCGCGCGCGGCGCCGCCUCCGCCAUUGCUGCCAGCAGGAGCGGGCGACGCGGAGCUCGGAGCGCGUCGGAGCCGAGACCUGCCGGAGCCGGGCGUGGGGCGGCAGCCUCGGGUCUCCCGGAACGAUGGUGAAGUUGGGGAACAAUUUCGCGGAGAAGGGCGCCAAGCAGCCGCUGCUGGAGGAUGGCUUCGACACCAUCCCCCUGAUGACGCCGCUGGAUGUCAAUCAGCUGCAGUUCCCGCCCCCAGAUAAGGUGGUUGUGAAAACCAAGACCGAAUAUGAACCCGACCGCAAGAGAGGCAAAGCACGUCCCCCCAAAAUAGCCGAGUUCACCGUCAGCAUCACCGAGGGCGUCACUGAGAGGGUUAAGGUCUCCGUGCUGGUGCUCUUCGCCCUGGCCUUUCUCACCUGCGUCGUCUUCCUGGUCGUCUACAAGGUGUACAAGUACGACCGCACCUGCCCAGACGGGUUCGUCCUCAAGAACACCCAGUGCAUUCCAGAAGGCCUGGAGAGCUACUACGCAGAGCAAGACUCCACCGCCCGGGAGAAAUUCUACACAGUCAUCAACCACUACAACCUGGCCAAGCAGAGCCUCACGCGCUCGGUGUCGCCAUGGAUGUCGGUGCUGUCGGAGGAGAAGCUGUCCGAACAGGAGACUGAGGCCGCUGAGAAAUCAGCUUAGCGGGACGGGCAGGUUCCUUACAGUGUGUCACUUGAAGGUAACAAAGGGACUUUGAGGGACAUCUCAUUAAAUAUAAUCACCGAUAAUUUAGAGGUUACUCAUUUAUGGUGCAAUUGCUUCUAUUUGCUGAUGCUGCUUUGCAAAUAAAACUUGCUGCAGACCACUCGUGGGCAUAAAGUCCAGUGCAUAUCAGCAUUGCUUAAAGAGCUCAGAUGCCACUUUUCAUGUUAAGAAAUCUUAAUUUAGCUACCUUACUGGGAUUUAUUGGAUGCUGUCAAAAAAUAAAUUUACACUGGAUAAGCCAGAGGUUUGGCCUUCAGAUAAAUAAUACCUUUCGUGGAA